AUGGCGCCCGACACACCUCUGAAUGUAGUAGCCGUCGUGAAGCUGGCCGCGUCACUGCGAGGCCAGCGGCGGGUCACUUGUCGGAUAGUGGGAGCGCCGCUCUACGGCAGUUUCAACAAGGUCGUCAUGGUGGCCUUUGAUGACGGUCCGACAUGGGCGUUUCGCACGCCUCGGCACGACGGAGCUGGGCAGAGUCUACCGCCGGAGGUGCUGGGGGACCUGAUUGGUAGCGAGGUGGCGACGCUCAAUUUUCUCGCGCGCCACAGCGCCCUCCCGGUGCCUCGAGUUAUUGAUCACAGCUGUACCAGUUCAAACGCUGUAGGCGUGCCGUACAUUCUCAUGACGUGUGCGCCAGGCAAGUCCUUUUCCGAACGCCUGCGCCGGCUAGAAGGUGCCGGAAUGAAAAAGCUGUCACACGUAACAAGAAAAGUCAUGGGACGACUGGGUGAACUGUGCUUUGACUUGUCAAACCUGCGGUUUGAUAAGAUUGGCUCCAUACAGGAGAGGGAUGGCUUGGUUGGGCUCAACCAAGUGCUCUCGCCAGCAUUCAUGCUCCAAGAUCGCCAUCGGAUCGCCAUGUACCGGGGCCCCUUUGCAACAGACCAGGACUACUAUCGAGCGUUGGCGGAGGCUUUCCUCGGACAGGUUCAGGACCUCUCCAUGAGCCAUCAUCUCUUCUGCAGCCCGUGCCCCGAGUUGGCGGCUUACCCAGACGCCGAGAGCUACAGGAUCGUUGUAGAUCUCUGGAGCGAUUUUGUGACAGUUGAUGACAAGAUUGACAGUGGCGAGAACCGCAUCCAGUACCACACAGCGGGGAAGCUCGUGCAGGACGUGAUCCCACAGUUAUGCGCGUCUCAAAGCACCGGCUUUCCAAUCGGCCACGCUGAUCUCAAGAGCAGCAACAUUUUUGUCGAUGAGGACUGCAACAUUACUUGCAUUAUCAACUGGAAAUAUUCCUCAACCAUGCCGUUGGGGCAGCUGCUCAUUGCGCCCGGGUUGGCGGACCGGCAAGGGCAGCCCUCGGCCGAAGACCGAGCGGCAUUCCGAAUUGGAUUUGAAGCCGCCGCUCUAGGACCCAUCCCUAGGUCUCCGGUCUCGUGGAUCUUGACCGACGUGCUGUGGCACUACCUGCGAUGGACCCAUCUCGACACGUACGACGACUAUCGCCACUUUGCCGCGCUCUUCAGCUUGCACCCCGAGUUUGCCGCGCGAGACCCGCUGCGGCUCAUUGAGGAACUGCAAGCUAGGUCGGAUAUCCGAGAGGCACGGCAGCAUCUCGCGGCGGGGGAAUGCGAGCCGAGCGACAUCAAGAGCAAUGAAGACCUGUACUUUGAGUCGUGCGAUGAUGGCGAGAGGAGGCGCCGCGUUGCGGAAAAACUGACGGAGAGAUUCCGUUCGAAGCCACAGGUUUUCGGGGUCGAUUUCUGGAUGAAAGCGUUGGCGGAGGAUUUUGGAGAUUAUUAUGAACAGUAUCCGGGCUGUCGCAGCUGA